AUGGACAAUAGUACUGCAUCUUUAUACUUUAACCUUACUAUGUUCAGGACCCUAGACACUUACAAAUAUCCAGUUUUUGUCUUCUUCCUCCUGCUCUAUGUCUUCAUCACAUUCGCCAACCUUAUUUUAAUAACUGUCAUAUCGCAGGAGAAGUCUCUGCAUGAGCCUAUGUAUAUAUUCAUUGCCUGUUUAUCUUUCAAUGCUUUAUAUGGCUCUGCUGGAUUCUUCCCCAGGUUUUUAAUGGACCUACUUUCUGACACUCACCUCAUCUCACGACCAGCUUGUUUUACUCAGAUCUAUGUUAUUUACAGUUACGCCUCCUUUGAACUAACCUUACUCGGAAUAAUGGCAUAUGACAGGUAUGUUGCUGUCUGCCACCCUUUGCACUAUCACAGAAAAAUGCAGUUAAAAAUAGUCAUAGUAUUGGCUCUAUUUGCUUGGCUUUGUCCUCCCUGUUUAAUUAUUCCUGUUAUUUAUUUAGCAACCACACUUCCUCUAUGUGGAAAUAAGCUCCACAAAGUCUACUGUGCCAAUUGGAACAUAGUCAAGUUAUCUUGCAUCUCAACAGCCAAAAAUAAUAUUUCGGGAAUGUUUGUAACGAUUGCUACAGUUUUCUGUCCUCUGUUCUUUGUCUUGUUCACAUACUUUCGGAUUAUAAUAAUUUGCUGGAAAAAAUCCUCUGAAUUUAAAGGCAAAGUGUUGCAAAAAUGUCUGCCACAUAUAAUUUCUUUUGCAACGUAUUCCAUUACAGCGUUUUGUGAUAUUACUUUAAGCCGAUAUAAUCCAGAUGAGAUCAGUCCAUAUUUGGUCAUUUUUUUAUCCCUAGAGUUUGUUGUUAUUCCUCCUAUUCUGAACCCACUGGUAUAUGGCCUGAAGUUACCCGAGAUAAGGAGACAUGUAGUGAGGAUGUUGUCCAAACAAACCUCUCAUGAUUAUUGA